AUGAAUAAAUUGGAGUGGAAAUUGCUGCCGAAUCCGAGAAUUGAGAAGCUCGGAGAAACUGGAUUUGUAACUGAGCCGUAAGCAGCAGUCUCAUUGUUUACUCUCUGUAGUUUCGUGGACUUCCCAGUGGAAGUAAUCGUCCAAUUAAAAGGUUUGAGCCACAUUUCUUACAUCCAAUUCCUUGUUCAUACCCAGUUUAUACCUGAUCAGCUGCUCAUUUCUCAUCUUGUGGACAACGAGUUCGAACCUGUUGGGUAAGUUCGGGUAAUCCCCAGCUUUUACAGCAAAGAAAUGUUUGUUUUCAGCACCGUUUACUUCAAGCCCCGCGAAUCCAUCGAUGGAAAACAAGAGGAGAAGAAAGUCCUCUUGAGCUGCAAGGUUUUCAUUCUCAAAUUAACGUUCAUCAACGCCCAUGAGAGUGAAAUUAACCCGGAGAAUCGCAUCGGCAUAACGGAGAUGAGUAUUUACGGCAGAGAUACAGUAACCCCGAGUAAAUCUACCUUAUAUGGGAAUACCUCAAGCACAAUCAGUAUCUUUAAACCGAGACUACCUGCCGAAUUCGAUGAAACUGUGAGCAGUGUCAACAGUUUGACUGGAAGAGGACGACGGAGAAAUCGAAACGAAAGGUGAGUUUUCUGUGGGUUACUGUAACUUUUAAUGCUUCAAAAUUUAGGCAAAAUUUGGAUCCAACCACUGAAGAGAUAAGAAGUCAGAUCCGACAGGCCCGAAGUGCGAUUGAUGAUGCUGUCAGAGUAAGUUUAUUACAGUAGGGGUACUGUAAUUUCAUAUGAGGAUUACUCAGAGCACGGCAGUUGGAUUUAAAUGAAAUUUUGCAAGUAUCUUUAUUAUGACCCAUACAUCAAUCUCUGAAAAUUUAAGUUUUUUUUAAUUGCAGCGACACCUGAGCUAUUCCAUAAUCAUUUUUGAGAGAGAGUUUAGAGAAUGAGGAGAGACGGUCAGAGAAAUACAGUUUUUUGCUCAUAUCUCGGCUAACAUUGCUUAUUUCAAAAAUUAGUAAUCUAAAUUUUCUUCUGUUUCGGUCGAAAUCUGACUUAAUUUUUCAGGCCGAGAAUUUUGCCUUGGCCAAGAGAAUGCAAGACUCAAAAGCCCAAUUGGAAUUGGUCCUAAAACAAUUACAAGACGCGACAAGGGCGAAGCAAGAAGCAAUCAGGCAAGAAGAUUACAAUAGAGCGCAGGAACUGACCGACCAAAUCAAUAGCCUCAGGGGAAAUGCCAUGGCCAAUGUGGAUACAAACUUUAUUAAUGUGGCUACUGUAAGAGUUAUAUCUAAAAAAUGAUUACAAUAUUUCAGCCCCGAAUUCAACCGCCAACUCCACUGCCAAUCGAAACUCCACAACAAUCUUUACCCCUACCUCGAAUUGAACCAAUCCGUAGGUUUCGAAAGAGUUUCUAAAAAUAAUGCACAGUGCGAACAAAAGAACAGUCUUGCACGGUGCGCGAAAAAGCGCUCCAUUCAUCACCGCACCGUGCGCGUUUUCAACGAUUUGCACAGUGCAGUGAAGAACAACUUUGCUCUUCGCUGCACUGAAGAAGCAAUGUGUCCCGAAAAGGAAUGUCGCCUGAUUCAGUCGCAAGUGCAAACCGAAACCUUCCGUAAUCGCGUUUGCAAAGACGAACUUUUGCCGCAAAGACCCCAAAAAAUUUUUUUUCUGUUUCUGUCGCAAAUUCAAUCGCGAUUUGUUUUUGCGACCACAAGUUUCAGCGAUUUUGUCAAGCGUUCUGUCGCAACAAAACGGAAGGGCGAUUGUCGCAAAAAUUGUCGUUUUGAAAGAGACGCAAGGGAAAUGCAUUGCACCGUGCAGUGAGGAAAUCCAACCAAAAGAAUUUGCACAGUGCAGUGGAUUUUUGCGGAUGCACGGUGCAGAAUUAAAAAAUUGUUUAGGCGGCUUUAUGGAAGAAUUACUGUAAAUAAAAAAUGGUGACAUUCUUUUUAUUUUCAGCACUGACUCCCUCGACUUUAUCCAAUAAUUCUUUUGCCCGGAAUCCUCCAAAUCCGGAGCGCCGAAGCGAUCUUAUCCUUCCUCCAAUCAGCCCUCUGACUUUCGACUCGUCGAUCAAUUCUCAAAAUGGGCUUUAUCGACCAUAUCAGCGAAUUAGGAGAUUCUCGGACCCCGCAGAUUACAAUACUCGUGUUAAAGACGAUCAGAAGAGCCUGGCCUCAACUUGGUCAUCGAUUUUCAGACCAAUAAGGCCUAAUGUCAAUGUGAGUCCAGCGAGUACUCGGUUUUUGGAUAAAGAAAAUCGACCAAUUCGACCUUCAAAGGCGUAUUUGAAGUAAGUUGAGGGUUUGCGAUGUCAAGGGACAGUCAUAAAAAAAUAUAUUUUAUUCUCUUCUACCGUAUCUACAGACAAAAAAGUUUGUGGAAUAUCUUCGCUACCGCUGCCAAAGGCGGCCUGAGAGCUUUUUGAAUCACUUGAUCGCCCAUAAAAAGCAAGCACGAUAAGGUUAAAGAAAAUCUGACAUUCGUCGCUGUAGCACUUCCCAAUUUAUCUUAUCCAUGGAAAAUAUAAUUUUAGCGACCAAAACGGUCAAGCCCUGGAUGAAUUGACGUUGGAUCAACUGCUGGAUCAAGUGAAUCCCUCAGAUCGAACCCAUGUCACCAGGGCCGUCAAUGUUUUUGGGCUGAAACCGGUGGCCGAAGUUUAUUCCAAACAUUUCAAAGAUCGAAGAAGUGGAUUAAAAAAGAUUACAGAAGCUGUUGCCAUUAGCACCAGCAACUCUCGAGAUGUAAUCCGAGUAGCAUUGCCGUUGCUGGUUCGAGGAUUGAGCGACAAGAUUUAUAGAGUGAGGUUCCUUAUAUUUUUGUAUUAAUUUAUAUUUUUGUUUAUAUGUCAUUUCAGGUCUAUGAAGCUGCGGUUUUAUUGCUGGAAUCGAUGCUGAAUUACAUAUCCAACCGAAAUAUGAGCAACGAAAUACCUCGUCUGGCCGAUGCCACGUCUCAGAUAUUAAUUAGCAGGACUGGGGAUACUGUAACUGUAAGGUUUAAUGAAACGCGACAACUCGAAAGAUGAUGUCCAGAUUUUUAUCAAAUUUGGUACCAAUACUCAGUCUAGGGCAUCAGUAUCUUGUCACAUUUUUUGUGCCAAGUUUCAUCAAAUUCUGAGCCAUAAAAAUUAAAAUAUUCAAAUUUUUAGCUUUGUAUUCCUUUUCAAAUUGACAUUAACUUAAUUUUUGAGAUUACCUAGACUCUUCUAAAUACUGUACCAACACUUUUUCCAUCAUUCUUAGCCAUGAAAUUUCCUUUAUUUUCCUUUUUUAGGACCAAAGAUUUGCUUCCAAGACCUUCGAAGUGGCUGAUUCGCUUUUUAAAAAGGACUCUUCUAUUGGAACCGAGUUUUUGAACAAGUUUUCUCAGCCUCUAAAGCCCAAUCAGUCCGUCCGAACUUCCCGCGGCCAAGCCCAAAUCGUCAAUUCUGGCUUACAAUCUCUGAUUUCCCAGAGUAAUCGGCUGAAUACCCAAAAUUUAAUCAAAUUCGGAGCCGAUUGCAUCGAUCACUAUGAUGGGGAGGUCCGAAAAUAUGGUCGGGAAAUCUUGAUGACAUUAUAUUCGACCGGAAAUCGAAAAGAAAUCCGGGAUACAGUAACCAAGGAUACUGUAGAACACGAGCGAAGUCGGGGAUUGAGGAAUAUCCUCGAGCAAUUCGAUCAAAAGGACAAAGACGAUGGAAUUACUGUAACUCUGAAGAGUCCGAGUGUCCGCAAUCUCCCAAUAGCACCGACUAGAGGCCCCAGAACAUCAUCAAAUCCGAGGGUCACGAUAAAAACUCCCAGUAGAAGUAGUAAAAGUUCGAGUUCGAGGACAACCAAGAGUCCAAGUGUAAGGUAAAGAUGAUGAAACUGAUAUGAAAAGAGAUUUAGAAGAUCAACAGGAGGAUCAAGAAGGUCCACGAGAUCUGAGGGAUCCAGGAGAUCCCGGUCUUCCCACUCAAAUACCUCAAACAAAUCGAUUAAAAGCAUCGUCAGACCGCCUACUACAACAAAAAUGGAUCCCAAAAAUGUGAAAAUUCAAUUGGACGGAUCGCGUUUGAGCGAUUCUGGGACUACGGAUUACUCAAAGUAAGGUAAAAGUAAUUAAUUUUACUUGUUUUAAUAUUUAUUUGCCAGAGUCUGCAUGUACUGUGGAGUUCAAAAUAACACACUGAACUUGACCGGUCUGGAGAACCAUUACAAAAACGACUGCCCAAUGCUGACGGAAUGUUCGCAUUGCAAAGAAAUCGUGGAAACUCGUCAUCUUCAUGAUCAUUUGAUCCACGAAUGCCCAAAUAAAGGAGAUUACAAGGAGUGCGAUCGAUGCAAACAAGCAGUGCUGGGGACGCUGUACACGAAACAUCGGAGUAGCAGUAAAUGUCGAUGUAUGUUGGGGAUAAAUGUAAUAAAAGAAAUUGUCAAAAACGACUUUUCUCUGACCCCCUCUCAUUGUUCUCUCGCCGAGAAACGUUUGUCGAAUAUCCAGGGUGUAGCUGCAGAUUUUGAGCCAAACUUUUUUUAUGAACUCUAUUUCCAGUGGUCCCACCCAACACCGGCCGUUGUCCGCUCUGUUAUCAAGACGUUUCUCCCGAUAAUGACAUUGGCUGGAGAGAACAUCUGAUGAAAAAAUGCAAGGCCAACAAGCGGAGAUGA